AUCGCAUUUAUCGGCCAACAUUGACCUCACUAUCAGGAACCGGCUGCCUGCCUCGUAUUUAUAUAGUACACUCGUGAAACGUCUUCAGUGUAAAUCUUCAGCCCAGUAAUUUUGUGAUGAUGUUCGGGUCAGUUACAGUUCUGGUUUUGUGCGCUAUCGCACUGUCACCGAUCACAGCGGAAUCGGUUUGCAAAGAUGCCGGGUGCUCCCACUCCUGUAUAACGGCCGUCGAUAUUCCUACAUGCACCUGUCCUGAGGGCAUGGUCUUGGAGGAUGACUCCAAGACUUGCACAGUGCCUGUGACGAUAUUGCUGGGUAUGCAUAGAAAAAUCAGUGCGAUCACAGGGGGAGAAGGGGAAGUGAGGUCUCUACUUCCUGUUGGCACGACCGCCUUUGACUUCCAUUACAACAAUAAGGAAAUCAUCGCUUUCGCUGAUAAUAACAUAAUGAGGUAUUCUUUUGCGGGAGAGUUAACAAUACCUAAGCAGCCAUCAGCCAUAGCCACACCAACUUCCAGGGUGUCUAGUCUGGCGGUAGACUGGAUCCAUCAAGAUGUCUACUGGAUCAGCCGGCAGCGCUCUGCGAUAGAGGCGUCCUCUCUAUCUGGGAACAGUGUCCGGGAAAUCAUUGCUGUUGAAGAAGAAGAGUCUUCUGAUUGGAACAAUCUCGUUAUUGAUCCUGCCGCAGAGAAGUUGUUCUGGUUGGGAAGAAAAGGUGUCUACAGUUGUGGUUUGAAUGGAAAGAACCUCAAGUCUAACAUCACCAGUUGGCCUGUGGAUGCUGAAGACAUAGCCCUGGACACUCAGAAUAAGCUGAUAUACAUCAUCGGUAACUAUGGCAACGGUGUCAACAAGGUGGUGGCUGCAAGUCAUUAUGAAGGUACUCCGGUGGGUGAUAUUGUAACCAUUGGGCAGUCUGGGAGUAAGAUAUACGGCUUUGGCGUUUUGGGCAACACGAUCUACUGGGAAAGCAAUCAUGACGGAGAAAACUUGUACAAGUGUGAAAUUCCCUCUGCCAAAGAGAAGGCAAAUGUGACUUUAGUGGAGGAACUGUAUCAGAUAGUGUACGACUUGAAGAUAUACCACCCUGACAUACAGAAGACUGGGAAGUAGAAAGAGAAUAUUUCUGUGGUUUUAGAGAGCUUAAUCCUAGACAGUGAGAUAAUUGUCCAGUCGGGUCUAUGAAUCAGAGAUAAUUGUAGUACUUGCUUGAAGAGUCCCUGUUGGAUAUUAAAAAUAGAACAUGUUAAAUAUUUUGAUAUUAAUGUAAAUAUUGUCAAUAAAUGUAUAUUUUUACUUUGCUU